AUGAAACUUGGAUUUAGCCUUCUCGGAUUGACAACUGCUUCGCAUUUCAGAGGUGGAGGUCUUCAGUACCGCACCACCAAUGACCCGACAAAGCUCGAAGUAACCCGUUACAUGGGAUGGAGCUAUUUCAGCGGCGGCUACAGCGGCGGCUGCACUCAAGAGCACAUCGACAACCAAACUCCAUCGACACAAGGAAGCGAAACAAUCACCGGCAUCGGCUCCGUCCCGGCAACAUACAUUGUCUCCAACAUCGAAAACUCACCAACAGUCGAUUCCAGCAGCCACUUCUGCUUCGGAAGCUACACUUUCGAGAUCGACGUCAGCUCGAUUACUAGCUUCGAUCAUACCUACACCGGGUGCUGUACAAUUGGCUUUCAGCAAGAUGAUGGAAGCACCAAGUCAGGUAAUUAUGGCUACACUGCUCGAGUCAACGAUGUAACAAACAGUUCUCCCCAAUUCGCCUCUCCACCAGCAACCUAUUUGAUGAAAGGAUGCGGCGGUCAAGAAUACGCCGUCGCUCCGGUCGACCCUGAAGGUGAUACUAUUCGAUGCAGAUGGUCCAGCGAGUCAGAAGCGUACAAAAUGGCUCAUGACUCCGGUCUUUCGCAGUUUUCGCUGAAUGAAGAGACUUGCGUUGUGACCUAUCAUCCUGAAAAUGAUCAGGCUACGACGGGAGGAUCGAAGGCGAUUGCGGUUCAAGUUGAGGAUUUUGAUGCUGACGGAAAUCUACUCCAUUCCGUUCCACUUGGAUUUAUCGCAGUUGUCUCCGAGCCGCAGCUCCCAAGCAGCUCUAGAACUUCUCCCUUUUUCCCUGGACUUCUCUACGCAGGGCUCAUUGAUGGCGACGACGAUCAUGUCGAUUUCCCCCUCUCUCGACGCCGACGAUCCGCAGAACCAGCCUAUUGCGCGGGAAGACCCUCCUUUGUCGGUUCUUCUCCUGCUCAGGCCGAGGAAAAGAUCGAGAGCUACGCUGCUGGAAUGACGAUUCAAAUUGAUUGGCAAGCUGAGUAUCAGAUUGAAGGAGCUACCUACACUGAUAUCCCCCGCUAUCAAUUCGCCAGUCCUGCUGGAAUGAGCUGCAGUGCUUUUGAUGCGAAUGGCGCAGCAACUUGCACUUGGAGCCCAACCGAAAGUCAAGUUGGCGACCAUCCUCACUGCGUUGUCGUCUACGAUCCUUAUGGUCGAUCUUCUGAGCGUCGAUGCGUGACAAUUAGGCUAUUGGAAGCAUGCGCGGAUGGACUCGAAAGAGUGGGAAAAUACUGUCUUCCUCCUUGCGCAGCUGGUUGGGAAAGGGAUGCAAGCAUCAAUUGCGUUGAUGUGGACGAGUGUGCCACCGGAGUUGCUACUUGCGCGGCGACGAUUGAAACUUGCGCGAAUAACAAUGGCGGUUUUACUUGCCCUUGUUCCGCCGGAUACGAGCGCAACCCACUUGGAAUCUGCGAAGACAUCGACGAAUGCGCUAGAAAUACGGACAACUGCGCCAACACCGUCGAGACUUGCGCCAACUCUGUCGGCUCGUUCACCUGUCCAUGCGCCUCCGGCUUUGAGCGAAACUCAGCUGGAGACUGCGUAGACGUCAACGAGUGUUCUAGAAGAGCUCAUAGUUGCGCCAAGUUCACGGAAACAUGCGUGAACAAAUUUGGCUCGUUCACUUGCGAGAAAUCGAAAGGAUAUAAGUUUCUGAUGCUUCAGCAAGCGAUGAUGUUUGGAUUCUGA